AUGGCGGUCGAGUACGUCUUCUCGGCCGAGCACUGCGCCGACUCGACGUGCAUCGUGCUCGAUGUCUACCUCGUCGUGGCGCUACUCUUGCUCCUUCUCGUGGUGCCAACGGCGCGCUGCGUCCUGCUGCGCACGCGGCAGCGCCGCCUCAUGCGCAAGAUCCAAGCAAAAAACAUGGUGUCGAUCUCCGAGACGAUGAUCCGCAAGGACAUUGACAGCGCGCAGAUCCAGAGCAAGAAGAACCUCGAGAAGCAUGGCAUCGCCUUCCUCGCCGCGCGCAAUGGGCUCUCGUCCUUUCUCGGGAAGCACUCGCGGGUCCAGCACCUCCAGAAGAUUGUCACCAACAAGCUCAAGACGCACCACGACACUUCCGACCUCUUCCUCAAGCCGACGUACGAAGAGAACGCGAUCUUGGCCGUCGCGCCCAACUCGAUCCGCGUCCAGCAAGAGCAAGAUAAGGUCCACAAGCUGCUCACGAUGCGCCGGGCGAGUCUCACCUCCAACGUGAGCUUCAAGGUCGCCGACAACGUCUUCGCGUCUGUGUACGAGGUCAAGCUCGCCGAAGUGCGUCUUGUCAAGCGCGUGGCCACGGGGCCGCUCAGCGAAGUCUACGCGGGCGUGUGGCGCAACACGCGGGUCGGCGUCAAGCUCCUCAUGCCCCGCGAGACGUACCAGGAAGGCCUCGAGGAAGCAAUCAAGAACUUCCGCCGCGAGAUCUGGGUCAUGAGUCGCAUGAACCACCCGAACGUACUGCACUUGAUUGGCGCGAGUCUCACGUCGAGCUGCUAUGUGCUCAUCAUGGAGUACAUGGCCAACGGCUCGCUGUACGAGUACUUAAGGGACCCCAACAACAUUAUCCCGAUGCCAUUGGUGCUCAAUUGCACCUUGGACAUCAUCCACGGCAUGUCCCACGUGCACGAACAAGGCGUGCUCCAACGCGAUCUCAAGACCAAGAACCUCCUCGUGUCCGACCACUUGGUCGUCAAGGUCGCCGACUUUGGCCUCUCGCGCUACAAAGACAAGAUGUACGGCGAGUAUACGUUUGUGGGCACGCCCUUCUGGGCGGCCCCCGAAGUCAUUCGUCACGACAACUAUACCGAGAAGGCCGACAUCUAUAGCUUUGGCGUCGUGCUCUGGGAAAUGAUUGAGCGCAAGGAUCCGUACCAAGGCAUGAACCCGCUUCAAGUGCCGUUGCUCGUCUGCCAAGAAGGGUUACGCCCGGCCGACCUCACGAAUCCCGUGCCCGAGCUCUACAAGGAGCUUAUGACAGCGUGCUGGGACGCCGACAUGGACAAGCGCCCCGACUUUACCGAGAUCCUUCGGUCCAUGGAGCGCAUUGCCGAGCUCUACCAGCGCAACCCAGGCCCCGAGGCCCCGGAUGAAAUUAAACCCACCGAGCGCGAGGAGCGCUUGAGCGACCUCGAGGCGCACGUGAUCCAGCGCCGUCGACGGGCGAGCGUCGUGGGCCGGCACGACUUUGAGUGUUCCCACGAAGCCAUGGACCGCAAGAUCCCCAUCAAGCAAAGCCAGUCGCGAAGGAGUCCCAAUUUUUUCCGACGGAGCCAGCAAAUGGACCCAAUGCGGCUCUCGGCCUGCAACAGAUGAUGAUAAAGGAUGUAGCAUCGAUGCGUGUUGAGGAGGCGG